GAGAAAUUCAAAAAAUUCUGACACAAAACACACAGUCACACACCUUCCCAUCAUCCUUUAAUACCCCCGUACGAAGCACACACAAUCACCAAUUGGGUUUUUUUGUCUAAUUUCUCUCUCCCUCUCUCUCUUAAAUCUUCCCGGCCAAGCUCAGACCAAAACCAAAUCCGGGGAAAAAAGAAAAAGAAAAAAGCUCAGAGCAAAACUUGAUAGUUGAUAUACCAAGCCUGCAACACUAUCAUCUCUGCCAUUUAUUUACUCUGUGUUUGAAUCUUUGAAAAAUGGCCGUCUCCAAAACAAACAAGAAGAAGCACAAGCAGAGUUACAUUGCCGUCCCAUCUCAGAUUAUAAGCUCAAUCUCACAAUCUUCUCUCGAGUCUUUGUUGCUUUCGCCAAAGAAAAAACAGAGCCCCGGCUUAUUAAGAUUUAGGCUCUUGCUCAAGAACCCAAUAUUUUUCAUUUUCUUGAUAUUUUUAUUUAGUUUUCUUUGGAUGUCCAGAGUUUGGCUGGAUUUUGAUCCCAUUAUGCCUUUCUCGCGAAACCCGUGUUGGGUUUUUCAAGAAAAACUUCAGUUUUCGACUAGGCCACAGGAGAUUACGAAUGGUGGAAAAAUGGGUGAAGUUGAUUACAAGUCUGGGUUUUGGGAGCAGCCUGAUGGAAUGGGGUAUAGGCCGUGUUUGGAUUUUACUGAGAGAUAUAAAAGAGAGAGUGAUGGGAUUGUGAAGGAUAGGAGUAAGUACUUGUUGGUGGUUGUUUCUGGUGGGAUUAAUCAGCAGAGGAAUCAGAUUGUUGAUGCUGUUGUUAUUGCAAGGAUUCUUGGUGCUGCUUUGGUUGUGCCCAUUUUGCAAGUCAAUGUUAUCUGGGGUGAUGAAAGUGAAUUCUCUGAUAUAUUCGAUUUAGAUCAUUUCAAGAGUGUUUUGGCAAAUGAUGUAAGAAUAGUUUCUUCACUACCUUCGACUCAUUUGAUGACUCGGCCGGUGGAGGAAAAAAGGACUCCUCUUCAUGUCUCUGCCGAGUGGAUUCGUUCGCGUUAUCUUAAAAAGAUCAAGAGAGAUGGCGUACUUUUGUUACGUGGUUUAGACUCGAGACUUUCUAAGGAUCUUCCUUCCGACCUUCAAAAGCUCCGAUGCAAGGUAGCCUUCCUUGCUUUGAGAUUCGCUCCGCACAUCUCAGAACUUGGAAAGAAGAUUACACAACGAAUGAGAAGCAAAGGACCUUAUAUGGCUCUUCAUCUACGAAUGGAAAAAGAUGUGUGGGUAAGAACAGGAUGCCUUCCUGGUCUUACUCCGCAUUAUGAUCAAAUCAUUAACAACGAGCGAAAAACACAUCCCAAGCUCUUGACUUCAAGAUCCAACAUGACAUAUCACGAAAGAAAACUCGCUGGCUUAUGUCCCUUGAACGCUUUAGAAGUUGCAAGGUUGCUCAAAGCUUUGGGAGCUCCUAAAAGUGCAAGGAUAUAUUGGGCUGGCGGGAUUCCGUUAGGAGGGAAAGAAAGUUUGUUGCCAUUGACGAGCGAGUUUCCUUAUUUCUACAAUAAGAAGGAUCUUUCAUUGGCAGAAGAGCUGGAGCCUUUUGCGAACAAAGCUUCUGUUAUGGCUGCCAUUGAUUACAUAGUCUGUGAGGAAAGUGAUGUUUUCAUGGCUUCUCAUGGUGGGAAUAUGGGCCAUGCCAUCCAGGGUGACAGGGCAUUUGCAGGGCACAAGAAGACGAUUAUACCGAACAAAAGACAAAUGCUAUGGCAUUUCAUGGACUCGAAUUUAGCUGAAUCAAGGUUCAACAAGAUAAUAAUGGGUUUGCACCGUGACUCGUUUGGGCAGCCUGAGCUCAGGACAAGCAAAGCUGGGAGGGAUGUAACAAAGUAUCCUGUACCAGAAUGCAUGUGCUGUAAUUUCUCUUUAUUCUUGCUUGGAAAUUUCUUCGAGGAUGAAGCUUUGGAGUUAUCUGCUUUCAAAUCAGAUACGCGGGAAGACGAUGAAGGAACUUUAAAACAACUAAAGAAACCCAUUAUCGGGUGA